CUAUUUUCGUGUCGGGCUGCCGUGGGAAAUUCCGCCCGAUUUUCCGACCUUUAAACAAUCUGAAACGUGUUGAGGUGGCAGACGGUUUGAAAGGGUGCUAAUGCAGCUGAAUGGAGGAUCCAGCCACAUUGCACUCGCGCAACGUUAAGACGCGGCAUUUUUUUUAAAACUGUGUUUCUUCAUCUUAAGACACGACCGAGAUGCCUGUCCUCCUCCGUGCUUGAUGUGACCCCAAGGCUUUUGCUGGUGUGGUGUAGGAUGGCUACACAUGGCCUCCAGUGGAGCUGAGGAAGUGAAACUGGCCUCGCAGCCUGGUGGUUCUGUCAGAGUUGGGUCUGCUGUGGUCAAGCCCCCCAGUUACUACGCCUCCAGUCCCCUGGAGAGAAGGCAUCCGAAACCCGCCGAGUCUCGGCUUCCCCUCGCCGGUGGCUGUGGGUCCCAAAGUAAUGUGAGAGUGCUACGGGACCGGCUCUGCUUCUUCUCAGGGAUCCCUCCGCACCGUGCCUACCUCGGCGUGCCUGCGACUGGCACGGCGGGAUCUGCCUUCAUCCCGAAGGUCUCGCAGCAUUCCGCAGUUCCCCUCGUCCCUUUCAGCAGCCCUUGCCGCUUCGAACAGACCGUCUACAGCUACAGGCCUUACUGGCGCCUGGAGUCUCUCAGGUUCAGGUCUGGGAUCCUGGGGAAGCGGGCCUUUUCUUCUCCUCAGCCCGCCGUUUACCCGACGUGCCCUUCUCCCCCCAAGGCUGCUUCCAGAAAGCAGCCACUGGUUAUCGAGAGUGCCAUGCCCACCAAUCAGCCCUCCACAUGGACUAGCAAGCCUAGAAUAAACACUUUUAUGAAGCCAACCAGCGCAAAAGUGCCUUCUUGCCCCCAACGGGAGUCUAGCAAUACAGGAAUACCUUCUUCCACCUUCGACUUGGCUGCUUCCUAUUAUUAUGGGGAUAAGGGUGAUAUGAAGAUGGAUCCACGGCCCGCAAGAUUGAACAAACCUGUGCCUUCCCUCACUUGCAGUACACCCUUCCCUGCAGACCGACAAAAGUGUAACCCAGAAAGUGUUAAUGAUGUCAUUCUUGAGGAGAUCUACCAGGCACAAAGUGUGGAAUCCUGUGCUCCCACCGUCGUCUCCGAGAGGACCGUUAGCAGUUCAGAGGGUUGUGUCGGCCAAGUUACCGGCGACGUGGAGAAGGCCAGUGUUAGCUUUCAGAUCACGCCCGUGGAAGCGGAACAGAGGUUGCCCAAAAUCAGCUCGCAGCGGAGGAAUGAGAUUCGGAACGGUCUCGUCAAGCAGCCUGGGUUGGAUGGGUGUCCUGCCGAGCCUAAAUUGGUUAGGAGCAGGUUCCACGAUGGUACCGAGAAGCAGGAAGCUAGAUCUUCAAUGCAGCCACUCCUGGGUCAGCCCCGCCUUACGUCACCAACGAAAGCCUCAAGGUUUUGCCUUACGAAUGGCGAGAUGGAAGCAAGUCCAGCGCAGGUGACCACACUAUGCAUGCAAAACACUGAGAGUGGAAAUGCACCAUCGGUUUCCAACAGUCCCUCUUUAGAAUCCAUCCAGGUCAAUGCCAGUACCAUUCUACCUCAGGGAGAGUGUGUGGAACCAGUGUUUUCUCAUCAACCAUCUGUCUACUCUGUUGCCACACAAAUAUCUGCCUUUCAUUUGAGCAAAGAAGCCAAGCCUCUUGUGAAAGAGGAGGAUCAGCCCUGCAUAGUGAUGAAAGACUUGGAUCCUGACCAUGAAGCCAUGAUGCCAGAUAUGGAUGCUGAUGAGGAGGAGCUGCCAGAGGAGCUAGAGAACGACAGCAAUGUAGAAGAUGAUGAUGGAUCGGAUUGCUGUUCCAUAAAUGAUGCAUCCUCUGCGUCUUCUAUGGUUGUCAUAUCAAGGAGCUGUAUUGAGGAGCCAGUGGUGAAAGAGUCGGAGGAAAACAAGGUUUUGAAGCCUGCACUGGUGCCAAGCUUAUUCCCAAAUGUGCUUCCCACCUUAUACUUCAGCACUCCCGAUGAGAAAGUGGAGCUCUUGUCUUCAGAACAGAAGAAACUGUUGAAAUGGAAGAUGAGUACUGUGACCCCCAACGUGGUGAAGCACACAAUAGCAAGAUCUCAUUUUAAAGCCAGCAAAAAAAGCUAUGACUGGCUAGGUUGCUGGGGUCACCACAUGAAAUCUCCUGGAUUCAAGGCUAUCAGGGAAUAUCAGAAGCUGAAUCACUUCCCAGGUUCCUUCCAAAUUGGACGGAAAGACCGUCUGUGGCGAAACCUAUCCAAAAUGCAGGCCCGCUUUGGGAAAAGAGAAUUCAAUUUCUUCCCACAGUCCUUUGUGCUUCCACAAGAUAUCAGGCAGCUGAAGAAGGCCUGGGAAGAAAGUGGGAGCAAGCAGAAAUGGAUCAUAAAACCGCCUGCUUCAGCAAGAGGGAUUGGGAUUCAGGUAAUUCACAAAUGGAGUCAGCUGCCAAGGAAGCGGCCUCUUCUGGUACAGAAGUAUCUUCACAAGCCCUACCUCAUCAGUGGAAACAAGUUUGACCUGCGGAUUUAUGUGCACGUCACGUCUUACGAUCCACUUCGAAUCUACAUGUUUACAGAUGGGUUGGUCCGGUUUGCAAGCUGCAAGUAUUCUUCAUCUAUGAAAAGCCUGAGCAACAAGUUUAUCCACAUAACAAACUACAGUGUGAACAAAAACAAUUCAGCUUAUCAGCCCAACAGUGAUGACAAAGCCUGUCAGGGUCACAAAUGGGCUUUGAAGGCACUGUGGCAGUAUCUGAAUUCAAAAGGAGUGAACACUUCUUUGAUUUGGGAGAAGAUCAAGGACAUUGUGAUCAAAACCAUCAUUGCAUCUGACCCAUACGUGAACAGCCUGGUUAAGAUGCAUGUGCGCUGCCCCUACAGCUGCCACGAGCUGUUUGGUUUUGACAUCAUGCUGGAUGAAAACUUAAAGCCUUGGGUCUUGGAGGUCAACAUCUCGCCAAGCCUCCACUCAAAUUCUCCACUGGAUGUUGCCAUCAAGGGACAGAUGAUUCGGGAUGUCCUGAACUUGGCAGGGUUUGUUCUACCUCAGAAAGAGGAUGUGAUAUCUUUUGGAAAUGCAUCCAGCUCUUCAAGCAGCUUGUCUGCAAACGCGAAAGAGAAGACUAAAUAUGUUACUGAGCUGUCUUCUGAUGAGAAGGUGAAAAGGGCUUACUUUCUGAGCCAAAGGUUUGCAGAGCAGGAGUUCUUGUCUUCGAUCCUGGACGUGUUGACUCCUGAUGAUGUUCGGGUGUUGGCAGAAACGGAAGACGAGUUUUGCAGGAGGGGGGAGUUUGAGCGCGUGUUUCCCACCCCCAGCUCCUCGCGCUACCUUCGCUUUUUUGAGCAGCCACGAUACCUCAACAUUCUCCUUGACCAGUGGGAGCAGAAGUACUGUCUCAACAGGCAGAAAGGUAUCAGUGUGUUGAAGAGUUUUUGUCAAACAGGGGUUCAUUUGGGAAACAGUUCUGAUCCGGCACACCUUUGGUCCUCAAAAUCCAGUGCUUUCCAGAAGCUUGAAUCUCAUGGUCCUAUGACACCUAAACAGGAGUCGGUCAGAGUCAGUCUUACCGUGAACCACGGCAGAAAAGCGCAUGAACCUGAGGAGAUGGUGAAGGGUUUGUGGUCCGUGCCAGCCAGCCAGAGUCUGCCUCUGAUUGAGAACCUGGAGAUGGCGGAUUCACAGGCCUGUGAGAGGGCACUCAGCAGGGACUGCGUAUGACACAUCACUGGAGAUCCACUCUCCUCACUGUCUGCGUUGACUUCUUGCAGGCACACAAACCUCAGGGUCUUCACUGGCUUGAAGAGAGGAGGUUGUCUGUCGGUUUUUUUUCAGGUCGGAAAAGCAGGAUCUGGUAUUAAGAAUGUUGCAGGGAAAUAACUGGCCAAACUGUUGGAAGACUUUGUUUGAAAAGUCUGUUUGAAGUAGCAGUGUGAAUUACAGAGAUUCUUUGAAUAUGGAAACUUUGCAUCCAAUCUCCAAUUCUGAGGGACGUUCGCUUUCAUUUUUUGCCACCUCACUUUGGGCUCUGUUCAUAAAAAAAAAAAAUAUUUUUGCUCACACUUCGAGGUGAUUUGACACUUAAAUUGACUUGACGGAAAUGUUUGACUGGUCGUUUCAGAAAUCCCGACCAUAUAAGUAUUUUGGGUGGAAGAGGGUUUGAU